AAACCAUGCCGACGCCCAGUGUUUCAUUUUGCCAUCCUAUAGUCCUGGAGAUAUAACUAACGAACCAACCAGAAAUGCCACUCCCCAUUUUUUUGUAGGCUCUUUUGACCUUUCUGUCUGUCCAUUUUCUUCCCUUCUAAUUUCUUCCAAACAAAACAAUGGAGUCUCACAAAAAUAUUAAGGCAAUACCAGCACUGCUCAUGAUCAUCCUCAUCUCAUUAUUCUAUCCCACCUUCUUCGACUCUGCACAAGCCAUUUGCGUGCCUAGAAACUAUACGUUCUGGAGUACUAUUCCCGAAGCACAUAUCACGGUUUGCCAUAUUGCGGCCAACCCACCUUCUAUCUCGGACCAUUCCCCUGAGUCUGCGCCAUCAUCUUCAUAUUAUCCUCCGAUUAACCCCUCUCCUCCGCAACCGAGUACUCCAGAUGCAAAUCCUCCGGUUAGUCAUAUCUCGGCUCCAUCUCCCGCCUCAUAUCUUUCUCCCGAGUCUGCACCAACACCAUCGCAAUCCCCGGGACCGCGCCCGUUUCCUUUGAAUCCCGCCAUCAAAAAGAUAUGUGAAGCCACAGAUUACCCUCUUCUUUGCCUCGCCUCUACAGCCCCAUUUCUGACCGGCAAAGUCGAUGUCAUUUCUGUGCUUGAAGUUGCAGUGAAGGCCUGCUCCCUUCAUGCAAAGCUAGCACUAAGCAUCGCUUCAAAAGUCCUUAAAACGAAACCGGGCAUUAAUUCUGCCGCCGUCAGCGACUGCAUGGAAAUGUACAACGAUGUUUUGGAUAACAUUGAGAGUGCAGUAGAUGCCCUCUCAGCUCUUGACACUGGCACCUUCAAUUCCAUGCUUAGCGCGAUUUUGACAGACUAUGGGACAUGCGAGGAUGGGUUCGCUGGACAGAGAACUCCAUUAUCUGAGGUCGAUGAUAAGGGCACCAAGUUGGCUAGCAAUUGCCUUGCCAUUGCGUCCUUAAUCAAGUGAUCGUCAACUACUUCCUUACCUAUAAUUGUCACGUACGUCUCUCAAUUGUGACUCUCGGGAAAUUAAGUUUGGUUGCGGGGAUCGAGGAUGUGUACGUGAGGUUUGGUUUGAAUGUGAGGUCGUGUGUAUAUCUUUUGUAGCAUUAUUGUUUUAUGAUAAAAUAUAGUUGUAAACAUAACUAUGUAUUAGUCUGUAUAUCAAUAUGAUAUGAUUAGUUAAAAAGUAAA